AUGGGUCCCUGUACGGCCUCCCAUUGCUGCUGUCUCCAUCGCCACACUCUGCCAUGUGCCACUUUCAGGUCUCCUCACACUCCUGCUGGGUUCCAUUUUGUCAUAGGUUGCUGUAUGGCCUCUUCCCAUUGCUGCUGCCCUCCACCACCGCCACACUGUGGCUCCAAACACUGGUUUUGGCCCCGUGACUGGCCAAAUGAGUGAAGUGUGCGGUGAUUCUAAGAUCGACGGCACUCAUCUGCAUGUCAUACUGACUGACAGUAUUAUUUCUCUUCCCCAGCAGACUCCAAGGGCAUUUAAAUUAAAGGUACAGUGUUCUGCACUAAUAUUA